UUGAGAGCAGCAUCACCCACAAACACAAACAACUGCCAUCGAUUUUUCUGUGAAUAGCACAAAAAAAAAGAGAGAAAAAAAGAAAAACAAAGAGGAACAAUAGCGACACAAAAAAAUCUUGUCUAUUGAACAAUUCACUUUUCCAGUCUGUGGAUACCGCUCAAACUAAGUACAGCACUUUGAGAAUUGUUCACAUCGGACGGACUGAAGAGGGAGGCAAGACCUGUGGACCGGGUUUUCCCUCGCAAGUCUGAAUCGGCUCUCGCUACUUAUCCCGUGACAAAAAAAAACAACCCUAAAGGAUAACACGCUUGGACGUUUAUUUUCCCCUAAUUUCGCAGGAGGCUCUUUUUCACGCAAAUUGUCCUAAAUGUUUGGGAUUCAGGAAACUAUACCGCGGGGUGGGACGACGAUGAAGGAGGAACCGCUGGGUGGACUGAACUCGGUCCGCUCCUGGAUGCACACAGCUGGGGUGGUGGAUGCAAACACAGCCGCCCAAAGCGGUGUCGGCUUGGCACGGGCACAUUAUGAAAAGCAGCCCCCUUCCAACCUCAGAAAAUCCAAUUUUUUCCAUUUCGUCCUGGCGCUGUAUGACAGACAGGGUCAGCCCGUGGAGAUCGAAAGGACAGCUUUUGUGGACUUUGUGGAGAAAGAAAAAGAACCAACCAGUGAAAAAACUAACAAUGGGAUACAUUACAAACUUCAGUUAUUGUACAGCAAUGGCGUCAGAACAGAACAGGAUCUUUACAUACGAUUAAUCGAUUCCAUGACGAAGCAGGCCAUAAUAUAUGAGGGCCAAGACAAGAACCCAGAAAUGUGCAGAGUUCUUCUGACUCAUGAAAUUAUGUGCAGCCGAUGCUGUGACAAGAAAAGCUGUGGAAACAGGAACGAGACUCCAUCAGACCCCGUGAUCAUUGACAGAUUCUUCCUAAAGUUCUUCCUCAAGUGCAAUCAGAACUGUCUGAAGAAUGCAGGGAAUCCACGAGACAUGCGCAGAUUCCAGGUUGUCGUAUCGACGACCGUCAAUGUGGAUGGCCAUGUCUUGGCUGUCUCUGACAACAUGUUCGUACACAACAAUUCUAAGCACGGGCGAAGGGCUCGCAGACUCGACCCUUCAGAAGGUACGCCUCCUUAUCUGGAGAAUGCCACCCCAUGCAUCAAGGCUAUCAGCCCUAGUGAGGGAUGGACCACCGGAGGAGCCACUGUCAUCAUCAUAGGGGACAACUUCUUUGAUGGCCUACAAGUUGUGUUCGGCACCAUGCUCGUUUGGAGUGAGCUGAUAACUCCCCACGCCAUUCGAGUCCAGACUCCACCUCGGCACAUCCCCGGUGUUGUGGAAGUCACGCUGUCCUACAAGUCCAAGCAGUUCUGCAAAGGUGCCCCCGGGAGAUUUGUCUAUACUGCCCUGAAUGAGCCAACCAUUGACUAUGGUUUCCAGAGGCUGCAGAAGGUCAUCCCCAGACACCCUGGCGAUCCUGAGAGGUUACCAAAGGAGGUGCUACUGAAGAGGGCGGCUGAUCUUGUUGAAGCUCUGUAUGGAAUGCCCCACAACAAUCAGGAGAUCAUUCUGAAGAGGGCAGCUGACAUCGCCGAGGCCCUGUACAGCGUUCCCCGCAACCACAACCAGAUCCCCUCUCUCGCUAACACAGCCUCCCACGGCAUGAUGGGAGUCAACUCCUUCAGCAGCCAGCUAGCAGUCAAUGUGUCUGAGUCACAAGGGAAUGACCAAGUGGGCUACAGCCGGAACACCAGCAGCGUGUCCCCCCGGGGCUACAUCUCCAGCAGCACCCCGCAGCAGUCGAGCUACAACACCGUCAGCAACAGCAUGAAUGGCUACGGCAAUGCCGGCAUGAACCUGGGAGUGCCAAGCUCCCCUGGGUUCCUCAACGGAUCCUCUGCCAACUCCCCAUAUGGAAUUAAACAAAAGAGCGCCUUCGCCCCUGUGGUCCGACCCCAGGCCUCCCCACCCCCCUCCUGCACCAGCGCCAACGGCAACGGACUGCAAGGUGAGCCCCCCUCACCCCCUCAUCCCUUCCCUACGGACUACUGGUCAGAUACCGCUGCUCAGGCCUCUGUCCGGUUUGCCAUGUCAGGCCUGGUUGUCCCUCCAAUGUAAAUGCACUUUCAUCAUCUCAAGCACCAGUCUACACACUACCACUUCACAGGACACCCCCUCAGCACACAGCAAAACUCUGGUGUAAUGUAUAGUCAACUGCUUGUUCUGUUUUUAAAGAUGAAGAAGAAAAAAAAGAAAAGAAAUGAUUUCCCCCCUCUUCUAAAUGACUUUUGCAAACCUGCAGAAAAAAGGAUUUCAUGAGGAACAAUAUUUUUUUUUCUGUGGGAUUUUUUUUUUUCCUGCAUUUUAUCACAAGAGGACACAGGAUGAUGAAGGGUUUAUUUUGUAUACUUGUCGGGUUGUGCUUCGGCCUUGGAUAUGUCCAAUCAACCACGCAUUCAAUACUGGAAGGGACUCUGUGGACUCACCAUCUGGUUGUAAAGUAAAAACACUGAUGUACAGUACAUUUGCCAAUGAACUUCAGAAAUUGUUUUUCUGUUUCAACUCUCUUUUAAUAGAUUCACAACAGUUGUGUGUCUUUAUAAUGUGACUUUUUGUAUUUUUAUGUGUGAGAAAAAUACACAGGGGCCAAGACAGUUUGAAUUUCAACUGGAAAAUAUAUA